CCGGAAGUCGUCGCGCACCGAAACAUUGGAUGGUUCAUCGUCCGGAGAUCGAAAACGGCUAAAUAGGUAAAACUGCCGUGUGUUAGCAUUAAAUAAUGACUGAUUGAUGUAGGUUUUGUUUUACUUUUUCCCUACGUAUUUGACUGUACCCUCAUUACCGAACGUGCAAAUAUCUUUUCGCGCGAAACGUGUCGCGCGCCAAGAAUGAUCGGGAGAACGUCAUUAGUGGAACAAAAAAGGAUCCAAUGGGCGAGAGAGAGAGAAGAAAUGGCACGUCUUGGCGGAAGUUGGGGUCUUCUGAAAAAUAACAUCAAUAUCCGCACCAAUAUCCGUACCUAUCCGAAUGGCGCAAGAAUGUCCUUGACGGAAACGAAAGACAAGCAAUCGCCCUCAAAACCUUUUCGUGCUGCUGGACAUUACGGAAGUACCGUCAGCUUGAAGAGUCUGGUGACAGAGAGUUCCGGAAACGGCGGCACGAGCGUAAAAUGUCUGGAUUGCAAUGGUGGUAGCUUGGUAAAUCUGCACGAGCAGUCGGAAGUUUCGCAGAUUAGGCACAGAAGUCCGAGCUUGCCACCGAUUUAUAACAAGGAUCAGCAACAAUAUCAUUGUCAGAGCCAACAACGCGACUUCGCUACAGAAUGCUUACACUACCAUUCCGAGAAACGUCGACUUUACGAUCGUUACGAGAAUUCGAAAAACAAUCAUUACGGCUCGCAAGGUGAAGAACGCGAAGGAGAAACUUCCGGUUAUGCCAGCGACUCUGUAGACGUACCCGUGUCAGCGAAAGGAACGCUGUUGCCCAGUUGCAAGCCACUAGGAGCGGACAUGACCGAAAAGACGUGGCAGAAUCCUUAUCACACAACACCUGAAAGUUCAUUACCACCAUCGAGGAGAUUAUCUGAUGGUAGAAUAGGCGAACUUAACAGGCCAAGAUGGGGCAGUGUCUGGGGUCAGGAGACUACACGAGGAGAUCCACCACCACCAUCUUGGUUGUCAAGAUUGGGACAUUCGAGCCAAGUUCUGGUUAUUAAUCACGAGAGUGCGAGUAGUUCAGACAGCUCAACGGUGGGCUCGAUCGGAUCCGAUAACAAGACCUAUCUUCGCGGUCAAAAUAUUCCUGUCGAUGCACAAAUUCUUCAAGAACGAGAAGUAAGAAGACAAAAAGCUCUAGAACUUCAGAGCGCGAUUAAAAAACAACUUGAAGAAAAGGAUCGACAAAGGAAAGAAGAGAAGGAGCGACGUCUGAGGGAGGAACGAUUAGAGGAAGAACGAAUCAAACGAGAAAGGGAAAAGGAGAAGGAAAGAUUUGAGGAAGAACAAAGAAAAUUAAAAGACCGAGAAGCGGCUAAAUUAAGACAAGCCGAAGCGAUGCGUGAAGUGUUAGAAGCAGCAGAGCGUUUAGCAAAGGAACAAAAGAAAUUUCGGCGAAAGUGCAAAAAAAAUAGCGAAGAGAAUCCCAUUGCAUCUCUUAAAAACUGUGAAUCCAAUACUUCGAAUGAAAACCAGGUCGGUCAAAAUUCCGCGAGUGCAGGAAGUCAACAGAAUCUACUUUCUAAUAAUGACGAUGUUGAAAACGAAACUAUCGAGAAAGAAACAUCAAAUAAAGGACAAUAUAAUAAUGUUGAUAACGAUAGUAACAAAACACACAAUGACGAUAACGAUGACAAUAAUACGAUGAACAAAUCAGAACAAAAUAUGGAUGACAUAAAACCAGUCCAAGUUCCUGUUAGCAAAGACGUAGCCAUUGUGCUAAGUGGUCGACUCGAAGAUUCGGAACUACUCAGCAAGGCAAAUCUUCAAUUGGUCAAUUUGGUGUUGACUCCAACACCAAGAAGAUUAGAAAAUAAUUCGAACAGUAAUUUAUCUGUAGGCUUGAAUACCUUCAUACAGAAUAUAGGCAGUUCGAACUUUACCCCAAAUUCCUCCAGGAUAUCAUCGAUGAUCGUAGAGAAUAGAUUACUCACGCCAAGCAAAUACAGAGCUAUAAAUGGCCGAGAUUUCGGUACGCAAACAGAUAUAGAGAAAAAUAUUCAGGAUUUUCCGGAGAAAGUGCAGGACUUGACCACUAAGGAUACUUCUAUGAAGGACCGCAAGGAUGCGACGAAUGCUAUUAAAAGGGACAUUGAAAAGUGAGUCGUAAUAUGAUGCAUUGAAUCACUUCAAAACUUGAAGAAUCGUAGAGGAUAUUAUUCUUCUGUCUUGUCUGCUAACGUUGGAUUGGCGGAAGAUAUUAUCGUAAAAACUUUUCGUCGAUCGAAACCUCAACCUAGAAGAGCUAUCGAAUCUAGACCACAGUGGAAUGCUAAUAGACCUGGAACUCGAUAUCGCACGCAAAGCGAAAAAGAUCCUCAUUAUCAACGACGAUUGCGAUUGAGGAGACGUCAAGUUGAAUCCAGCGAUGAACGUUCUAGAUCGCCAUCUCCUGACAGAAGAAAGUUUAUGAAUAUUAAAUCGAAAAUUCGAACAUUAAAUAGAUCAAAAUUAAAAGUUGACAACUAUGACGCAGAUCUCUCAAUGGAUAGUUUGAACUCUAUCGUACCAUUGAGAACUGACAAGAAUGGGAGAAUCACUAUCGAAGAGAAUAGGAGCGAGCAAAGUGAUAAAGCUCGAUUGAACAAUGUUCAUAUUAAUAAUACUGAUAAUAAAGGAUCACGAAAUGACGAUUCUAAUAUUUGGUGCGGACAAGAAAUUCUAUCUAAAUUAUCUACCUUGAAAAACGGUCUUUUAAUGAAACAGAUCGAAUGGGAUUCCGAGAGAUGCCUAAUCUCUCCUGUUGCAUCAGAGAUCUUUUAACAAAAACCAAACAAUCGCGUUUUUGUUCACAUUUUCGUUUCUUUCGUUUUAUAUUUGUAGAAAACGAAUUUGUACAGACAGUAUAAAAUAAGGAAGGAAUAAUGAUUUACGUAUCGGAAAAUGAGAUCUGAAUAUU